UGCGUUCCGGCUCUGGAAACGCCGCAAGGGGUUCCGCGGCCACUAUGGGAGCGGUGGGCGCGGGGCUGGUGGACUGCCACUGCCAUGUCUCCGACCCGGACUUUGACCACGAUCUGGAUGAUGUGUUGGAGAGAGCCAAGAAGGAACAAGGGCUUUGGAUUUACAGAGGCCUAAAGACCUUGGGCAAGUUAUUUGAUCCCAUCCAAAACUCUGUCUCCUUAUCUAUAAAGUGGAUUAUAGCAGCCAAUGUUAUGGCCCUUGUAGCAGUUGCAGAACAUUCAGGAGAAUUUGAAAAGAUUAUGCAACUUUCAGAAAGGUACAAUGGGUUUAUCUUGCCAUGCUUGGGUGUUCAUCCAGUUCAGGGACUCUCACCAGAAGACCAAAGAAGUGUCACAUUAAAGGAUUUGGAUCAAGCUUUGCCUAUUAUCGAGCGUUAUAAGGAUCAGUUGUUGGCAAUUGGAGAGGUUGGGCUAGAUUUCUCCCCCAGAUUUGCCAGGACUGAUGAACAGAAGGAAGAGCAGCGACAAGUGCUAAUCAGACAGGUCCAAUUAGCCAAAAGACUAAAUUUGCCUUUAAAUGUUCACUCACGCUCAGCUGGAAGACCCACCAUCAGUCUCCUCCAUGAGCAAGGUGCUGACAAGGUGCUGCUGCAUGCAUUUGACGGUCGGCCAUCUGUAGCUAUGGAAGGAGUAAGAGCUGGGUACUUCUUCUCAAUUCCUCCUUCUGUCAUAAGAAGUGGACAGAAGCAGAAACUUGUGAAACAGUUACCUUUAACUUCUAUAUGCUUAGAAACAGACUCACCUGCACUAGGACCAGAAAAACAGGUCCGAAAUGAGCCACAGAACAUUUCCAUUUCAGCAGAAUAUAUUGCCCAGGAGAAAGGGAUCUCAGUGGAAGAAGUUGUAGAAGUUACAACACAGAAUGCUUUGAAACUUUUUCCAAAACUUCGGUACCUGCUCCAAAAAUAGCUUCAAAAUCAUCAAUUGCAAAACCAAAUCUACUGCAGGGGGCAGCAUUUGAGAAAAAGAGAUAUUCUGAUUAAGAAUCUGAAUUGAAGAGGCUGUUUUAUAGAGAUAUAGAAGAUUAUAAUUUUAGAGAAAUAUUUUCUUUUAGCUUGCAUGCUGGAACCCUGGGUUCUAAUUCUAGCCUUGUGCUGCUUUUCAAUUAGCGGAGUCCUAGAAGGAGAUUGGGAGAACCCUGCUGCUUCUAACCUUGCCCCAUUAAGUAAAGCUACCAUAUGAGCUGAAACUGUUUCUUCAGGGAAGGGUGGCUCCCACACCUAUGGGAUAAGGAGGGAAUAGGCCAAAGUUUGAUCCUUUACCACCUGUUUUUCUUCCCAUAGGAUUUAUACAGUGAAGGAUGGAUGUCUAGUUUCUUAAACCAUCAGAAAUCUCAUUUCUGGGUUUGUAAAAUUGAACUUUUAGUACUUUGAUUUCUUUCUUUUAAAGAGAAAAAUGUACAAAGUUUUCGUAUUGAUCUUAGAUUUUGAUUUAUGAGACCAGUGGUUUAGAGAGUCAUCAUUAAAUUCCAAGCCCAGAAUUCUAGCUAAUAAACUGAUUUUAAGUUCCAGUCUGAAUUUUGUCAAAUUGAUGUUUAUUUAGUGUAAAUGGCUUUAUUUAAAAUGCACCUGAGUUUUUGUUUCGCAGUUACAGUUUUAAGUUUUAAAAAUAUUAUGUAUAGUUAACCAGGGUAUUUAAUUUUGUUAAAUUGUAUAAACAUAUAAAAAUUCUGGAAGAAGUAUCUGUAAUAGAAAAGGAUCCCAACUUCCUAUAUUUUACAUAGUAGAUCUUCAAUAAAUAUUUUUAAGUGAAUUCAUUUAUAGAAGAAUCAAAACAUGCUAGGGCAGAUUAUCUAAACCAAACUAGACUAACUGAGAAAUGGAAUAGGGUGCUUUAUGAGGUAUUUAACCACCCAUCAGCAUUGUUAUAGAUGAAAUUCCUACAUUAAAUGGAAGGUUAUAUUAAAACUAGACUUCUGAUCUUUCUUUCAACUCUGUAUUUCUUUUAUUUCCUUUUGCUAUUUCCUACUCCCUUCUGCUGAAGGGAAGCCAUUCCUGUACAUGUAAACCUAUUGUUAGUAGGACCUUUUGAUGAGGUUACUUCACUUAAGGCAUGGCCCAGGGUAGGUCUUAAUCCUUUUACUGGAAUCCUUUAUAUACAGGAUGAAUAGAGAGAGAAGCUGAAAUCAAUGAA